UCAGGGGACAAUGAUUGUUACAGCCCUUUGAUUUACAGAGGCACCAACUUUACCACUUCCCCAGGGAAAUCACUAACACUUGAUUGUCCAGUGAAAGAAUGUGGUAAGACGGUGAAUGUAUCUUGGAGCAAGGAAAGUGGAACAACACAAAACUCCCAAGUUCGGGAUGGACUUCGGAAGUCUAGACAACCAGAUAAAGAGAAGAACAUAACCAUAUUCAGGCUGUAUUUUAACCCUGUGUUUGUUGGAGAUAAUGGCUCCUAUCAGUGUACUGUUAUUCUUUUAGAAGGGAAAGUGUAUGCCAGCCAUCGCAUAAAUGUCUAUGUAACAAGUGAGUAUCGGCUGCAAAGCCCAGACAUCUAUGUAACAAAUUCAACUGAAGCCCUAUUGGAACCCAAAUCUGAGAAAGAACCCUGGCUCCUUUAUAUAUUUCUUUCAAUGGGGCUGCUGUGUAUACUUAUCAUUACUAGUCUCAGUAUAUUCUUCUGCCUGAGGAGCAAGAGAGAAAAACAAAAGAAGCAUCCUGACACCUUAGGAAGAGGAAUUAAUGAGGUUAUGCCACAUCAGUCCUUUGGGGACAACCAAGCUGAAGAGAGCACAAUAUGUAACUCUACUCUACCCAGUUUUCUGCCUUUGUCAUCCGACACCAUAAUUUAUAAUAAUGAUGCUUGGCCUAAGGUCCAGGUGGGACCCACAGUUAUUUAUUCCAAUCAGAGCUCAGAGGAAAAUCAGCCUGGUAUUGUUUAUGCUUCUCUGAACCAUUCUGCAAAUGGAGUGAACUUCCUAAGGAGAGGCGAGCACAUGGCAGACCAACCCACAGAAUAUGCGUCCAUAUGUGUGAGGAAUUAAAUUUACUUCUGGCUCUUCUUGCUUUCCCAUGGGAGAGGCUGUCUGCCCUUUCAUUAAGUGACUGCGUAUUGAGCUAGCCAUCCAUGCGAUGUCAUUCUUUGAUUUUAAACACUCCAAUGAAAUUGAUGUUCAUACUUUGUUGGAUCUCAAGAAUCCGCAUGGCAAAAGUGGACCACCUCUGGA